AUGUUUCGUUUACUUUUCUGUUUAUUAUUAUUUUUAGUUGGACUUGAAUUAUCAAGAUCAAGUUCAUCAAACACUAUUUAUCCAUGGAUAAAAAAAAUUCAUGUUGUUUCUAUGACACAUUUAGAUGUUGGUUUUACAAAUUUUGCAUCAAAUGUUUGUUCUAUUUAUUUCAAUAAACAUUUACCUAAUGCAGCACGUCUUGCACAAGAACUUCGUGAUCGUGGUGGUGAUGAACGUUUUAUAUUUACUACACAUCCAUGGAUACUUUUAGAAUUUUUUGAUAAUAUUGCACAAUGUACAAAUGAACGACCAAAUCGUACAACAAUUGAAUUAGUUACAAAUGCUAUUAAACAAGGUGAUAUAACAUGGCAUGCACAUGCAUUUUCAAUGUUUAUUCCAAUGAUGGAUAAAAAUUUAUUUAAUAUGUCAUUAAGUAUAUCAUCAAUAUUAGAUGAUCGUUUUUAUCAAAAUAGAAAAAUAAGUGCAUCACAUAAAGAUGAUAUGGGUCAUCCAAUAAGUAGUAUACCUAUAUUUGCUGAAAAUGGAAUUAAAGCAAUUCAUAUUGGUGUUAAUCUUAAUUGUCGUGGUGCUGAUUUACCACCUGCAUUUGUAUGGAAACAUGAAGAAACUAAAACUGAACUUUUAGUUAUGAUGUACAAUAGACCUUCAGCCACCACUCCGUGUUCAGCUGAAUCUUGUAUUUAUGGUGGUGAUGUUGUUCUACCAGGAUUUGAUGAAGCUAUGAUCUAUCAUUUUACAUUAGAUAAUACUGGACCACCUCAAAAUAUUACGGAUGUCGUUCGAGUAUGGUCUAAUAUUAAAACUCAUUAUCCUAAUGCUGAAAUAAUAGCAAGUAGUUUAGAUACAUAUAGUAAAUCUUUAUUAAAAUUAUAUAAAGAUCAAUUACCAAUAAUAACAGAUGAAUGGGGAACAACAUGGUUAUAUGGUGUAGCUGCUGAUCCAUAUAAACAAGCAGCAUAUCGACAAAUAUCAAGAUUAUUAAUUAAUCAAGAAUAUUCAUCGUCAAUAUUUAAUUAUUCAUUUCGUUUAUUAAAAAAUCCUGAACAUAAUUGGGGUUUAUGUACUGGAUGUUAUUUAAAACAAGAAAAUUAUGCAUUUAAUUAUCAUAAUAACGAAUUUUUACAUGUUAGAAAUGGAAGUGAUUUUCAAUUAUUAGAACAAGGAUGGGAAGAAGCUCGGUCUUAUUUAUAUCCACUUAAUUCAUCUGAUCCUUUAUUAAUUAAACUUGUUAAUGAUACUUUAAAAGAACUUGAACCAUUACGUCCUAAUUUAGAUCAAUUUAUUCAAAUACCAUUACCAUUAAAUCGAACAAAAGAUUAUUUUUUAUUUGAAACAAUAUUAUUUUCUGUUGGUUUUAAUUAUACAUCAGGUGCAAUUGUUUUUCUUCAAGAUAAUCUUGGAAGAAAUUUCUCAAAUAUAAAUAAUACUUUAGGUAGUAUUCAAUAUAAAACAUAUUCAAAUGAUGAUUUUAAUCGUUUUAAUUUACAAUUUAAUCCAAAUUGUGGACCACCAUGCGGUGAUUUUGCUAAACCAGGUUUAACAAAUUCUGAAAGUCAAACAUUAUAUCCAUAUGUUAUUUCAAUGUGGAAAGAUAAUAUGAAUACAACAGUUCUUAUUGAGUUAACAUUUUCAAAUAAUACUAUUGAAAAUUAUGGUGGAAGUAAAACAUUAUGGUUAAAUUAUACAUUUCCAUUAGAUUCUUCAUCAACGAUUUUUAUUCAAUUAGAAUGGUUUAAUAAAACAGCAACUCGUCUUCCAGAAUCAAUUUGGAUUGAAUUUAAUCCAAUCUUACCUAUUAUUUCCGAUACAUGUAAUCAAUGGAAAAUUGAUGUACUUGGCUAUGAUGUUGAUCCAUCAAGAAUAGUUGAUUAUGGUUCAAGACGAUUACAUGCUAUUGGACAUGGUGGUGUACGUUUUUAUGAUCAAAUAAGUACAACACCAUUAUUUACUCUUUAUUCAUUUGAUGCACCAUUACUUUCAAUUGGUUCAUCAGAAUAUUUAUUAAAUUUUGAUAAUUCAAUAGCUGAUUGUCAAGGAAUAAAUAAAAAUGGUUUAUUUAUAAAUCUUCAUAAUAAUCUUUGGAAUACAGCAUUUCCAAUUUAUUAUGAACAAGAUGCAAUAUUUCGUUUUAAAAUUGAAUUUUUAACAGAUUGGAUGCAAAUUAUCGAUAGAAAAUAA